GUGCCAUUACGAAAAAAAAAUCCUAUUUUAUUUUUAAUCAACGGAUUUUUAGUUGAUUUGGUUUCUCCUUCUAACAUUACUUAUUUAUGAAAUUUUGGAUCUUUAUUGGGAUUGUGUUUGAUUUUACAGAUAGUCACUGGGUGUUUUUUGUCUAUGCAUUAUUGUUCUGAUGUUAAUUUUGCUUUUGCUUCAAUUGGUCAUAUCAUGCGAGAUGUUAAUUAUGGGUUUUUAUUAAGAUAUCUUCAUGCUAACGGUGCUUCUUUGUUUUUUUUUUGUCUUUAUGUUUAUAUUGGUCGAAGUUUAUAUUAUGGGGGGUAUUUAAAAUUUCAUGUUUGAAGCAUUGGAGUUGUUAUUUUUUUAUUAACAAUGGCGAUUGCCUUUAUGGGCUAUGUUUUGCCUUGGGGACAAAUGUCUUUUUGAGGGGCAACUGUAAUAACUAAUUUAUUGUCUGCUAUUCCUUAUUUUGGGAUUGAUAUUGUUCAGUGAGUGUGAGGCGGGUUUAGUGUUUCAAAUGCAACAUUAAAUCGGUUUUUUAGUUUACAUUUUUUACUUCCUUUUAUUUUAGUUUUUCUUGUUAUUCUUCAUUUAGUUUAUUUACAUGUUGAUGGGUCUAAUAAUUCAACAGGAUUAAAUUCUUCAAUUGACGGGGUUUCAUUCCAUACUUUUUAUACAUCAAAAGAUUUUUUUGGUUUUUUUUUUCUUUUUUUUUUAUUUUGUUUUUUUGUUUUUUUUUUGCCAAAUUUAUUAGGAGAUGCUGAAAAUUUUAUUCAAGCGAAUUCUUUGGUUACUCCGGUUCAUAUUCAACCAGAAUGAUAUUUUUUAUUUGCUUAUGCARUCUUACGUUCUAUACCAAAUAAAUUAGGUGGGGUUAUUGCAAUGUUUUGUAGUAUUUUUAUUUUAUUUUUUUUAUCUAUUUUACAUCAAAGUCUUUUAAAGGGGCUUUUUUUUCGUCCUUUAGGUCGAAUUGCAUUUUGGUUUUUAAUUAUUGAUUUUGCUUUAUUAACUUGAAUUGGAUCACAAGUUGUAGAAGAACCUUUUAUUUUAAUUGGUCAAAUACUUUCUUUUUUUUAUUUUUUUUAUUUUUUAGUUUUAAUACCAGUUUUGGGUAUUAUUGAAAAUCAAUUAUUAAAUAAAAAUUAA